AUGCUUUCUCGCGCUGUGAAGAGAGCACCUCUUAGACGCUUUUAUGCAUCUCAGCUAAGGGUUGUUAAACUGACCUCCAGCUGGGCCCUCAGGCCCAGUUCAAAGUCUCUUUAUCACACCCUGUCUGGCACAAAAGUCGCCAAAACCAUUAGAGAUGAAGCAUUUCGCGAGAUUCAACAAAUAAGAUUGAGUGUCCCUACUUUCACACCAACUUUGAAGAUUUAUCAAGUUGGCGCCAGACCUGACUCGUCCGCAUACGUGCGUAUGAAGCUGAAGGCCUCCAAAGAGAGUGGUGUCUAUUGUGACGUGGAGAAACUCCCUGAGAACAUCACAGAAGUUGAGCUUCUCAACAAGAUUGAAGAGGUCAAUAACAAUGACGCGAUUCAUGGGCUGUUAAUCCAGCUGCCACUGCCAAAACACUUGGACGAGACAAAAAUCACCAACUCCGUACUUCACACCAAAGAUGUGGACGGUUUUCACCGCUAUAACGCUGGCGAACUUUCCAAAAAGGGAGGAGAGCCUAUGUUUAUCCCCUGCACUCCCAAUGGAUGCAUAAGACUACUGAAAGAGGCAGGUAUUAACAUGCGGGGUAAGAACGCCGUUGUACUGGGUCGUUCUGACAUCGUGGGGACCCCGGUGUCAUCUUUGUUGAAAAACUUGGAUGCUACAGUCACUGUGUGCCAUAGUCACACCGCCAACUUACCCGACAUCUUGUCUCAGGCCGACGUGGUGGUGGCCGCCUGUGGGAGAGCCAACUACGUUAAGGGUGAAUGGCUAAAGGAAGGUGCCGUUGUUAUCGACGUAGGUAUUAACUACAUUCCUGACUCUUCCAAGAAAUCUGGUCAAAAAUUGGUUGGUGAUGUGGACUUCGAAUCGGCUAAAAACAAGGCUUCCUUUAUCACUCCCGUGCCUGGAGGAGUCGGUCCUAUGACUGUUGCGAUGUUGGUUCAAAAUGUUCUGCUAGCUGCCAAAAGACAGCUCUCAGAGUCAAACAAACUGCCAAACAUAUCUCCUCUUCCAGUAAAGCUUCUAGAUCCUGUACCUUCUGACAUUGCUAUAUCCAGAGCACAAACCCCUAAGAACAUAAGCGUCGUCGCGGAAGAACUCGGUAUCCACAGCAGUGAGCUUGAACUUUUUGGUCACUACAAGGCAAAAAUCUCUCCAUCUAUCUUGGAGAGAUUGGAAAAGAACGAGAACGGUAAGUAUGUUUUGGUAGCAGGUAUUACUCCGACCCCAUUGGGUGAAGGUAAGUCCACAACUACCAUGGGUUUGGUUCAAGCUCUAACUGCUCACCUUGGCAAGCCCUCCGUUGCCAACGUACGCCAACCCUCAAUGGGUCCUACGUUUGGUGUCAAGGGCGGGGCAGCUGGUGGUGGUUACGCUCAAGUGAUACCGAUGGAUGAGUUCAACAUGCACUUGACUGGUGAUAUACACGCGAUAUCCGCUGCAAACAACCUUCUAGCUGCUGCUAUCGACACCCGUAUGUUCCACGAGAGUACUCAGAAGAAGGACGCAACUUUUUAUAACAGACUUGUACCAAAAAAGAAGGGAAAACGUACUUUCACCAAGUCCAUGCUAAAACGCUUAGAAAAGCUCGGUAUUGAAAAAACUAAUCCUGAUGAGCUGACUCCAGACGAGAUCAAAAAGUUCGCCCGUUUAGACAUCGACCCGGAGACGAUUACGAUCAAGAGGGUGGUCGAUGUUAAUGAUCGGAUGUUGCGUCAAAUUACUAUUGGGGAAGCUCCAACUGAAAAAGGAUUUACCAGGUCAACAGGUUUUGACAUCACUGUUGCCUCCGAACUUAUGGCGAUCCUUGCGCUUUCAAGAGAUCUCAAGGAUAUGAGACAGAGAGUAGGCCGUAUUGUAGUCGGUGCUAACCAGAAUGAGGACCCCGUCACCGUCGAGGACGUUGGUUGUGCAGGGGCCGUCACUGCUCUGCUCAAAGACGCUAUAAAACCGAAUCUGAUGCAAUCUUUGGAAGGAACUCCUGUUAUGGUUCACGCAGGACCGUUUGCCAACAUAUCAAUUGGCGCUUCGUCCGUCAUUGCGGAUAGAGUAGCUCUAAAAUUGGUCGGCAAACCAAAAGCUGCUGGUCCUGAAAUUGAGAGCGGUUACGUUGUCACCGAAGCUGGUUUUGACUUCACGAUGGGCGGAGAGCGUUUCUUUAACAUUAAAUGCCGCUCUUCAGGCUUAUCUCCCAAUGCAGUUGUGUUAGUUGCAACGGUGAGAGCGCUCAAACUUCAUGGAGGCGCUCCAGACGUCAAGCCCGGCCAAUCGCUGCCAGCAGAGUACACUCAAGAAAAUGUCGAACUUGUUACUAAAGGUGCGGCGAACUUGUGCAAGCAAAUCUCGAAUGCCAAGCAAUUCGGUGUUCCAGUUGUUGUGGCGAUAAAUAAGUUCGAAACAGAUAGUGAUGCCGAGGUCGAGGCAAUCAGAAAGGCUGCCAAAGGAGCCGGCGCUUACGAUGCUGUUGCCACGAACCACUGGGCCGAAGGUGGUAAGGGUGCCGUCGACUUAGCCGAAGCUGUUGUUCAAGCUACUGAGCAGCCGUCGGACUUCAAAUUUCUCUACGAUGUGGAUCAACCCGUAGAAGACAAAUUAACAACUAUUGUGCAGAAAAUGUACGGCGGUGCAGGUGUAGAGAUCUCUCCAUUGGCUCAGAAAAAGAUUGACAUGUACAGAGAGCAAGGAUUUGGCAAAUUGCCGAUUUGUAUUGCCAAAACACAAUAUUCCUUGUCCCACGAUGCUUCAUUGAAAAAUGUUCCUACGGGCUUUACCUUCCCCAUCCGCGAUGUCAGAGCAUCCAUCGGCGCGGGUUAUCUAUACGCUCUAGCGGCCGAGAUCCAAACAAUCCCAGGCCUCUCAACAUAUGCGGGAUACAUGAACGUCGAGAUUAACGAGGACGGUGAAAUUGAUGGCUUGUUUUGA